AUGUGUCCUCACCGAGGGUCUGUAGCGUCAGAAGGGACAGUGUCUCCUGCCACCAUGCAAGCUGCUGCCUGUUGCCUCCCUCCCCACGGGCUCCGGGUGCCUGUGGCCACUGCUUGCCCAGCUCUGGGGCUGGAGCAAGGGGGAAGACCCCUUCCUCUCUGGAGACCGUGGCUGCCCCGAGCCCAGGAGGGACCCGGGAGGCGGCGGGAGCAGACGGACCCUGCUCAGACUCGGGACGCAGUGAGGGAUGGCGGCCCCGACAAAGCGCUGUCUUUCUUCCGGCACCCGGUCAGGCUCCUCUGGCCCAAGUCCAAGGCCUUUGACCACCUGUACGGCGUCGGGGAGAAGCUGCUGGAGAACUUCCCGGUGCAGGCCACCCUCUGCUUUUAUGAGGACUCGGGCAGCGAGGAGGAGGAGGAGGAGGAAGAAGAAGAGGAGGAGGAGGAGGAGGCAGGGGAUGUGACAGCGGGUCUCUUGCCGCAGGCUGGUAGCGCCGGCCCCGGCAAGCCGCUGUGAGACGGCAGACAGGGGCAGGCGGACCCUGCUGCGAGCGGA